AUGUUCUUGUCUUCUGCUGCACAAACUUUGUCAAACACUUUGAGGAUGCCAAUUCGGGUGAAGAAAGGGAUUGUCAUGAAAUACAAAGGAUCUGUGAGCAAUAAAUGGAAGAUACAUCAAGUAAUAUUGUUCAGUGAUUCGAAGCUGUGUUGGUACGAAAAGCUGGGUAAUGCGGGGUCUAAAGGAUUUGUUUUUCUCAAGGAUGUUGUACCAUACAUUUGCGUUGGCACGAUGACAGAUAGAAUGCCAGUCAAGUCUCCCAUCUUACCGGACGGCUACUCCAAACACCACCUCGUAGGCAUCGGCAUGGAUCGUAAGGCGGAAACGGUGCACUGGAUUUUGUUUUCUUCUAUUGCCGAGAUAGAGUCGUGGGUGGUUGAAAUUAUCAAUACCUUACCAAUUGUAAGUCAACUGCCGCACCGGUGCCCUCUCGCUCCACUAGAGCUCGUCCCUCCUUCUUCUGGUGAGUUCGUCGGAAUCGUUCUGUGGCCGAAAAGCUUGAAGGAAGUUCAGAUCUUUCCAGCAAAUGCUCCUCCUUCGGACUGUGUCCAACAAAGCGAUUAUAGAAGCGGCAGCUAUAGCAGCGACUGUUUUGAUGGAAGAAUUCUGGAUGAUGCUGCAUUCGACAAAAGUUUUGGCACUGCGAUGCUAGCAGGAGCUUUGAUCAGCCAUGGAUUGGGCUCGAUGUGGGGACAAAGUGGGGACAGCUAUCGUUCGGUAAGUCGCAACGGUUCCACCGCUUUUCGAGCAGCAACAUCGGAAGUUCGGGUAAGUGUAAUUGAAAUUUUUUUGCAAAACAUCAAAGCACGUAUUCGAUCGCUUUCUUUGCUGCUUUUGACAGCUUUUUUAUUUGAUUAA